UUUUACUUUUGUUCAAGCUUCUUGUUGACCGUAGGGUUGAAGCAGCAGAUAACGCCACCGCUCUAUUCUCUCUCUUGCAAGCCCCUAACUCUCACUUCAUCAAGUCUCAAUCUUCUCAUUUUUUUUUUCUCUUACGAUUCUUGUUUUUCUUCUAAAAUUUUCUAAUUUUCUUCAACAAUGGGAGCUUCGUUGCCUCCGAAGGAAGCUAACCUCUUCAAACUCAUUGUCAAAUCAUAUGAAACUAAACAGUACAAGAAAGGACUGAAGGCUGCAGAUGCAAUACUGAAAAAGUUUCCUGACCAUGGAGAAACAUUAUCAAUGAAGGGGUUAACCUUAAAUUGCAUGGAUCGGAAAACUGAAGCUUAUGAGCUUGUUCGGCUAGGUGUAAAGAAUGAUGUAAAAAGUCAUGUUUGCUGGCACGUUUAUGGUCUCCUCUAUCGGUCAGAUAGAGAAUACAGGGAGGCUAUCAAAUGCUAUUGCAACGCUUUGAGAAUAGAUCCAGACAACAUUGAAAUACUACGGGACUUGUUACUCUUGCAGGAUUUGUUGAUACAAGACAACAACUUUUGCAUUUGAAACCAAAUCAUCGCGUGAACUGGAUUGGCUUUGCUGUAGCCCACCAUUUAAACUCAAAUUUUAUAUGGAGACAAUGAUGAUGCCAUAUUUUCAUUUGGCUUUAUAUAUGAAUGAAUUGAAGUUGUUGGCACAACAUGGUGCAAAAGCAGUUGAAAUUUUGGAAGCAUUUGAAGGGACAUUAGAAGAUGAUUAUCCACCAGAUAAUGAACGUUGUGAGCAUGGUGAAAUGCUUUUAUAUAAGGUUGAUAAAUUGACUUAUAAAGAACAAGAGGUUUCUCUCCUGGUGAAACUUGGAUGCCUAGAAGAAGGUGCCAAUAUUUACAAGGCUUUACUUACCAUGAACCCUGACAAUUACAGAUAUUAUGAAGGCUUGCAGAAAUGCUUUGGCCUGUAUUCUGAAAAUGCCAAGUAUCCCUCUGAUGAAUUUGAUCGAUUGGAUGCAUUACACAAAUCACUUUCACAAUAGUACACUUGGUCUUGUGCAGUUAAGGUGAUGGAUUUAUGUUGUGCUUCUGUUUUCAUUAGGAAUUUAUGAUGGAUGUUAUCGAUACAUUCUGUUUAUUGCAAAAACUCCCUAGUGGUGGAAUGUGCUAGUCUAAACUGUUUUAUUAUGUCUUAACUGUUAGUCAUAUU